AUGGUGAUACCAGCUGCAACAUCGCCUCUACUCAACGUCUCUUCCUCUCACUGCUCUAGUUAUUCCAACAUCCCUUGUAAUUCUUCAAUAUUUGCACUUCGGUGUCGUGAUAACCGCCAACUGUUCCACCUUCUUCGGAUGACGGUGCUUCUUGCUGGCCGCCAGCUCAGUGCAUCUGCACGCGCCUUCUGUAUUUUCAGGUCACUCCAACCUGACGUUCCUCUUGAUCUGCAGGGCAGCAACCCUGCUUUUGGUGUGUUGUCUACCUUGUUCGGAGAUUAUAACUACAAAAACAAAUUUACCCUACUGACACUAGUACAAUUACAAAUGUGA